AUGCAGCGCACAGGUGUCACGGCCGUUGUACCGGAGGAUAAGAGCCACAAGUUUGACAACGGGGUUAUGAGGCUAGAUAUCCCGCAUCCUAAUAGUCAGUCUACGGUCCGCUUUGAUAGUCAGCAGGAUCUUAGCAACGAGGUCAGCAAGGAGGUGGUUUUUCUGGCGCUUCAUGAGGGCCCGCAAAGCGCUUUUUGCAUUGGCAUAUUCCCCAGUAAGACUUUGGCGUGGGGUGCUUGUCUUAAGGACAAAGCGUGGCUUGAGUGGUCGGAUCCGUUGACUGAGGAAGAGAGGAGUGUUGAAGAGAAUGACAUGCCGCGAGUCUCGGCAAGACUUGUAGGGAGUGGACGGCAUGCGUGGUUCGUGAGGGCUUUUGAGGUUGAUGGGAGUUGA